CCCGCCAAUGCCUGCUCUACCUUUUCCAAUAUUAUCACUUCCUCCGAAAUCCCGCCGAAUAGCCCUAAAAUGUAUGGAUACUUUGGAUUUAAUAAACAUCUCAUUCACCCAUCCACUCGCAAAACGUCUUGCCAUCGAACUAAGCGUCGGAAUCGAAGUUGGCUCCCUAAGACUUUUAGUCCGUAACGGCUUUAAAGUCUUUUUCAGCUUCUACGCACCCCCUCACAAUAUUAUAGCAGAUAUUUCAUAUCUAUCUGCAGAUGGUGAGACGUUCGAUCUGAUCAAGGACGAGGAUGUGUUAUGGAUCAAUUCGAAAAUCAAGCUCAGAGAUCUUCUGGUGGAUCUUCUGGAUGUUCUACACCUCAGGAAGCUCGGAGAAGUCAGUGUUCACACGAGUUGGGAUUUGAUUCUUGACGAGUUAAGGGGUAUAGAGAUUCAUCAGCUAAUCGUCGGAGAAUCUAUAACUCGCCAGUUCAAGCUUCUCAAGCUUCAAGCCGAGGAGCUCGAGUUGAACGUCCCCCUUACACAGGCUGAUGUGAUCUGUCACAAUCUACACCGGAUAGCUCUAAAGUCGCCCGGGAACAUACAAUGUGAAGAUCUGAUAGGGAUGAACAUGAUGCAUAUCGAGGUUUUUAUGAUGUUUGAUCACAGCUCCCUUACCCACCGGGAGAUCAACCUGUUCCUUUUGCACUGGGUCAAAGGAUCCAACCCUCGGAUGCGGUACUACAGGUCUCCUCUCCAGGAGCCCCUGCAAUUUGAAGAGCAAUUCGUCGCGCAGAUUCUCAAAGGGAUCCCACACCGAGCAAUCACGCCCGGUGAGCUGGAAAAGUUGAGAGUUCAAUUUCGUGGUAAGACCUUUCAAUUCAGAGGAUAUCAUAUUGAAAGGAACGAGGGUGAUGCAAAGGCGAUGAUCUCAGUGGAUCCGUGGAGUCCGAUUGUGGAGGUUUUUGUUUGGUUUUGAUAUGAAUAAAAAUUGU